UUGGUAAUUUCACAUCCAAUAAGACCAAAACAAAUAUUGUGUGCACUCUGCAGAAACAACAAAUGGAUACCAAAAAUAUGCAGUACGAGAAUGGAAGCAGUGAAGAGGAACAUAACAAGAUUUUGCAUAUGAGAGAAUUGGUCGAAAAACAAGACUCAACAUCCAAGGAGUACGACGAUUUGACGUUGAGAAGGUUUCUUCGUGCUCGUGACCUGGACAUAGACAAAGCAUGUACUAUGUUUCUAAAGUACCUAAAAUGGAGAAAAUCAUUUGUUCCAACUGGUUCAAUAUCUGUAACAGAAAUACCAAAUCAUAUAGCUCAAAACAAACUGUUUAUGCAAGGAACCGAUAAAAGUGGACGCCUAAUAACCCUCGUGUUUGGUGGCAAACAUUAUCCCAACAAUCCAGGAGGUCUGGAAGAGUUCAAACGCUAUGUGGUCUUCACACUUGAAAGAAUAAUUGCAAGGAUGCCUGAAGGGCAGGAAAAGUUUGUGUCUAUUGCAGACAUUCAAGGAUGGGGAUAUACAAACAGUGAUGUCCGUGGAUAUCUUGCCGCGCUCUCUAUCUUGCAGGAUUAUUAUCCAGAAAGACUUGCGAAAAUGUUUGUCGUACAUGUUCCUUAUGUAUUUAUGGCAGCAUGGAAGAUGGUAUAUCCUUUUAUUGAUGAAAAAACAAAGAAAAAGAUUGUAUUCGUUGAAAAUAAGCAUCUGACAUCUACACUUCUGAAAGACAUUGAUGAAAGCCAACUUCCAGAUAUUUAUGGAGGAAAACUGAAAUUGGUUCCCAUUCAAGAUAGCUAGUUUAGUCAACAGUUGACUUAUUUCUUUCUUCAUUUGUUCAAGUCCUCCUAAGAUCAUUAUGCACCUUAAACGGUUACAAGUAAUGCCUGUAUGCAAAUAUGCAAUGUGGAAUGUUAUGAAAAUGGUUAAUCUUUAAAAACUA